UGGAACUCCUGUCCGCUGUCAGGUGAGUGCGUUGCCGCUUGUCAGUGAGUAGACAUUCACAGGAAAUCUACCUUGAAAAGAAAUAAAAGUUUGAGACUGGUGGACGAAUCACAGCGACAUUCUCCCUUUUCAAAGCCAGAGCUCCUGCUGGUUCCUCAGAAUGUUCUCUUUGAAGAAAGUGUCUUAUAGGUAACACUCAAUCACGGUGGACUGUGACGUGGAGAUGGUCACUUGGGCCGCUUUGCUGACAGUAUGCAUAUGGAUACACACACAAGUUGCCUCAGGACAGCACACAUGUGCUUCAACACCACGCACGCUGGUGGAUUUCACUGUAAAUUACCCCCUCCCCUAUUUCCAAACAGACAAACCUAUACAGAACAUAGCAGUGGACAGAGAUGAUCAAAGGGUGUUUGUUGGAUGCCAGAAUGUAAUAAAGGCAGUCGACAACACUAUGAAACAAAUAUGGGAGGUGAAAACUGGACCUGUUGGCAGUCCUGACUGUCAAACCUGUCAGGUGUGUGACUUAGAACCAGACCCUGAAGAUCCAGUGGAUACAGACAACGAGGUCCUCAUUUUGGAUCCUGCUGGCUUUCUCUUGCCCUACCUGUACAUUUGUGGAAGUACUCGACAUGGGAUCUGUUACUUCCUUGACCAUAGCUCCUCAAUGCCUGAGCCUCAGUGUUUAUACAAAAAAGAGCAAAACUCUCCAACUUACUGUCCAGACUGUCUGGCGAGCCCACUUGGCACCAAAGUCACCAUUGUUGAACAAGCAGCAACAUCGCUAUUUUUUGUAGCUGCCUCUGUCAAUGACAAAGUGGCACAGAGGUAUCCAAGGAGGUCAAUAUCAAUGAUGAGGCCACUAUCAACUGAGGAUGGCUUUCAUAUGGUCAUGAAUGGCCUGACAGUGCUCCCCGGUCUACGGGACUCUUAUAAGAUUGAUUACAUCUACAGCUUCUCCAACAAGGAGUAUGUCUACUUCCUGUCCCUGCAGAGAGAGGAUCCACUAAAGAGCAAUUCAGCUUUUCAGACUCGUCUGGGACGACUGCCGAUAUUAAUUCCAGAGGUGUGGAUGUACAGAGAGGUGGUCCUGGAGUGCAGGUACGACCCAAAGCGCAGAAGGAGGCAGAAAGAGGAUUUCAGGGACAUUUUGUAUAACGGGCUACAGGCUGCACACUUUGGGCGAGCAGGGAAGGAUUUGGCGGGAGAGCUGAGGGUGGUUGAGACAGAAGACAUUCUAUAUGGAGUGUUUGCAGAGGUGAAUGAGCAUGGUGAGCCUCAAAAAGGCUCAGCCCUGUGUGCCUUCCCUUUGACUAAAGUAAACCAUGCCAUUGAUGAAGGUGUGGAAGUCUGCUGCAAGUCAAGUCCAGAGCAGCUGUCCAGAGGUCUCAGUCACUUCCAGCCGCCUGAGAGCUGCCCACAUGAAAGCUGUAAUGGUAAUGGCAGUUGCUGUGAGAAACCCACACUGGUGUCAAAGCCAUACUACAGACUGGACCUCUUCAACAGGCAGAUGAGUGAUGUCCUUUUCACUGCUGUCCUGGUGACCACUAUUGGAAAUCACACCCUGGGCCACUUUGGGACCUCAGAUGGACGAAUACUGCAGGUGAUUCUUACUUCAUACAGGCCUACUGUAGUUUUUGCCAACUACUCUCUGGGAGAGACUGAAGUGUCCAGGACAGCAGCUGUGUUCUCAGAAGAUUCACUUCUCUUUGUAGUUGGAAAUAAGAUGUUCAUGGUGCCCUCUGCAGGACCAGGGUGUGAACAUUUUAAGACAUGCUCCACGUGUUUGAUGGCUCCACGCUUCAUGAACUGUGGCUGGUGUUCGGGAAUCUGCUUGAGGCAUAAUGAGCCAUGUGCCUCGCAGUUGAACACAGAUUCUUGUGUGCCCAUCAUAACAGAGUUUUUCCCUAAAAUGGAACCAGCUGGUGGCGAGACAGAAUUGACACUGUGCGGCUGGGAGUUUCAGUCUCCGCUACGACCUCAGCAGCAAAUCAUCAGCGGCAAAACCCACAUCAUCAAAGUGGGCUCAACCUUGUGUACUGUCCUGCCUGAAAAGAGCAAUAGUGAAAUGCUAGUAUGUAAGAUACAGGAAAAAAACAAACCGGAACAAGACCUCAACAUCACUCUAGAAGUGCACGAGGGGGAAGUGGAGGGACGCUACUCGAUUGAAGGCACAGCUCAGAUUUCUGGCUUCUCUUUCGUGGAGCCGAGCAUAACAGAAAUCAAACCUGACUAUGGACCUGUGUUUGGAGGAACGAUGGUUACACUGACAGGCAGAUAUCUUAAUUCUGGGAUGAAGAUAGAUGUCUUCUUUGCUGACAAAAAAUGCACCAUUCAAAGUGCUCCUGAAGGAAGUGGGACUUCAAUUGUCUGCCGCACAGCAGCUGCAACGGGUGUCGGGAAGGUACCUGUGAAAGUCUUGAUUGACGACUUUGAAGUGAACACCUCUAAGAUGUUCUUCUAUAAGGAAAACCCAGUUAUAACCUCUGUAACUCCUCAUUGCAGUUUGCAAAGCGGCUCCAAGCUGGUGAUACAAGGUCAGAAUCUUGCCUCUGGCCACGAAACUGUGGUCCAGUACACUUCCAGAAACCUUAACCUGCAGUCUCUUCAACAAGCCUGCAAUGGAACAACAAAUGCCACGUAUAUGGAGUGCUGGACCCCUGCUUUUCCUGAGGAAAUGCCUGAUGAAAAGACUGACACAGGAGAGAUUUCUAUUUACAUGGAUGGAAAAAAUAACCUUUGGAAGAGAGCUUUUCACUACCACCCUGAUAUCAAAGUCAUUCCCUUUGAAAAUGACGACAGGUUAUUACUUCUGAAACCGGGAGAGACGGAGGUUUCACUUCAUCAUAGAAAGGUGAAUGCAGUGAGCACAUGUAUGAAGAUCAUAAUGACCAUUGGAGGUGUGGACUGCAACGUCCAGGUUCUGUCAAAUGAGCUGACCUGCAGGAUUCCUAAAGGUCUGGUUAUACCCAGCGAGGGAUUGCCUGUCAAGGUGUUUGUGAACGGGAUGGUUUAUGAUGUGGGCACAGUAGCGAACGAUGACGGCAACAACAGCACUGUGAUUGCGGGCAUUGUGCUGGGCAUUAUCACUGCACUGGUAGUAGGUGCUGGCCUCGCAUUACUUGUGAUGAUCCAUUUGAGGCAGAAAAAGAGAGCCAACAUAGAGAAUCGUUUAUCAACAAUGCUUUCACGAAACCGCAUGGGAAGUGGCCCUGAUUUCUCCCCGACAGGUGACUACAGACGAGUAGAUCUGUCCAGUCAAACAUCAGGUUCAGGAAUGGCCUUCCAAGGUUUGUUGUAUGCUGCCAGCUAUGAUCAUCUGGCCAUUCCUUUAAUGCCACGGGACAAUAUCUCAAUGGUCAGUCUAAGUUCUGAUCUUCUUGAAGAAGUCAAAGAUGUCCUGAUCCCUGCUGAGAUGUUGCGAAUUGAGGAUAGUCAGAUUAUCGGCAAAGGCCACUUUGGGACAGUUUAUCAUGGAUAUCUGAUAGACAGCAACAAGCAAGAGACCCACUGUGCUGUUAAAUCAUUGAACAGGAUCACAGAUUUGGGGGAGGUGGACCAGUUCCUCAGAGAGGGAAUUAUCAUGAAAGGUUUUCACCAUCCUAACAUACUGUGUCUGCUUGGCAUAAUGCUGCCUAAAGAAGGGCUCCCUCUGGUGGUUUUACCGUAUAUGAAGCAUGGAGAUGUGCGUCAUUUCAUCCGAUCAGAGAAAAGGAACCCAACAGUGAAAGACCUGAUUGGCUUUGGGCUUCAGGUUGCUAAGGGGAUGGAGUAUUUAGCCCAGAAAAAGUUUGUCCACAGAGACCUGGCUGCACGUAACUGCAUGCUGGAUGAAACCUUCACAGUCAAGGUUGCUGAUUUUGGCAUGGCGAGGGACAUAUAUGACAAGGAGUACUACAGCAUUCAAGAUCACAAACGGGUAAAGCUGCCGGUGAAAUGGAUGGCCAUCGAAAGCCUGCAAACACAAAAGUUCACUACCAAGUCUGAUGUGUGGUCAUAUGGCAUCUUAAUGUGGGAGCUGUUGACCAGAGGUGCUAGCCCAUAUCCAGAUGUGGACCCCUAUGACAUCACACACUACUUGUUGAAGGGACGUCGGCUUCUCCAGCCACAGUUUUGCCCUGAUACUCUCUAUUCCAUCAUGCUGACAUGUUGGGACCCAGAGCCUGAGUGCAGACCUAGCUUCACUAGCUUGGUAACAGAAGUACAAUACAUCCUGUCUUGUUUGGAAGGAGAGCACUACAUCAGCCUAAAGGUUGCCUAUGUCAACCUAGACCAACCAAGGCCUUACCCGUCCCUGACGGGAUCUGCAGAUGAGGCCGAGGCCUCAGACUUGGACUCACACUGUCAUGCUGCCAGCUGAGGGUGCAAAGCCCUAAGACUCACUGAUAUAAACUCAGGAUUUGGAUUAAAGUUGGAAAGCAUGCAAGAAAGGGGACAACAUAACCUGGAUACAAUAAUCCAUCACAUACAUCGUUGACAUUCUCUACAAACCUGAGCACAUGCAAGGUUUGGUUACUGAUUUAAAAGACACUGUGGGUACUAUGAACUCUCAUUGGUGCAGAGGCAAAAUCAUGCUGGAAGUCCCGCGUCCCUGUUACUACAAUUUAUUUGUAGGAGAAUAGAGACAGCAUGUCGAUAGAAGCACAUGUUUUUUGUUGUUCUGUUUUUCUUCAAACAUCUGAAGCUUAUGAUGUUACAUUUGGUAUGAAUGAACUGAGCUGUUCUUUUUAUCAUUGUGCCCACCACUCCAGUGACAACCAACCAGUCACCAGAGGUAGAUGUGUUUGGAGAAAACACAGUACAUUUGCUGACAUAGCAUGCGAAAAUUGCAUUACCUUGUAUGCAAUGCAGAUCAUUCACAUCAGCUCUGGUAUUAGGCUUACAAGUAAUUUAAUGCUGCUAAACACGUGCAAAAUGAAAUUAUAUUGGUGGGAUGUCUAUGUUUGAAUCUAAUCCAGAUCUUACCCUAUCAUCAUCAUCCUAGUGAUUAUUUCACCACCACCCAGCAAUAAGUUGCAGCUCCCUUCACAGAGCCGUAAAUCGCAUCACUAUCUUAAGCACACAAGUGUGAAAGAGACAGAAUGAAUGUUCAGUGUGCUUUUGUUUUCAGAUUUGUAAAAUAGGAUGUGGGGUUACAUGAGACAAUGUGCUCUUAUGUAAAUAUAUGUCUCUAAGCCAUUGUAUUAGACUGUUAGGGGUGUGUAUAUGCUGACCAUGUACAUGUGAAAUCUUCGUACUGGAUGAAGAAUAGCUACUCAUAUUUAGAGCCUCUGUCAAAAGCUCUGCACCCACUGAAUUAUACAGUGAGCUGUCGGUGUUGUUCAGACAUCAACCGAUGCUUAGAAACACGUCGAGUACCCGUCAUCAUCACUAGAGGGCAACCAAUGCCUCCUCCUAAAGCACACUACAGUUGUUGCUGCAGUGAUACUCUGCACUACAGCAGGCAGCUCAGCAUACAAGUGUUGAGCAAACAGCACAACUAUAUUCAUCUGAACCUCAGAACAAACUCAGUCUUUCAACUCAAUCAACAUAGCAUGGUGUUCUGUCCAUAAUGCACAAUUUGGGGAGUUUCCUUGUUUACUACACGCAAUUCAAAUGAUCACCACAGCAUAGUACACAAUACAAUGGAUUUUAGACUUUGUGCACUGAUUUUUUUUUAUUUUUACACUGACAAUGCAGUAUGGUUUAACAAAAAAAUGAGUUUAUGCAGUUUUUUCUUGCCCUAGGUUGCACUGUAAAGAGUGUUUUUGUACAGACAAAUCGUUGGUUGCACAUACUUGUCUCUAAAGCGCGUCAGCAAAUCAAAUCAGCAGAUCAGUCUCCCUAUGCUUGAUGUUUUUUUAGCUUUAUUGUGAGCUUAUACUAUGAAAACAAUCCUGACGGUAAAUUCUCUUACUUUACUUUUUUUUUUUCUGAUAAAAAUGCAGCUCACUGCAGCAAGUGAAGGCACGGAAGUUCAUGAAAGUGGAUCAUCAAAACCACUCACACCGGUCUGAGGCAGUGCAGCUCCUGCUCUCUGCCAGGUGGAUGAGAAAAAAAACACACACUGUUAGAGGUCUGAAUUAUGUCAGCUCAACCAGAACGAAAACUGCAUGCUUCUGCCUAAUCUGUGUAUCUACUGUAGCAUUUGUAAUACUCUACGAAUAAUUUAUGGAUCUAAAAAAAGAUUUUUUUUUUUAUCUCUUGCUUUCAGGUACUGAAAAGGUGGCAGAAAUAAUGACGAGCUGUGUUUGUGUUCAAAUAAAAGUUUAGGAUUGCAGCUAUAGACUGAACAGGAAGCCGACGUGAUGGAUGUCUUUUACUCUGAACAAACAUCCCAUGUGAGAUGUGCUUUUAUUUUGGGAAAAGAAAAGGUUGGACAAAAGAAAUAAACAUUAUGAGCUGCACAUAAACCCACUCACCCCAUCUUCUAUCUGUACCUCAGCCCAUUGGCCACCAAGAUAAAGCAGAAUAGACAUUUUUUUUGUCAGGUUCUAUAAAGGCUCCCAGAUGUCUGGAUUUCUGUGCAAAUUUGUCCUCCAACUCUUCAUUUGUCAACUAUGAAUGAUUUUAAUUAACUUGCAACUUCUGGGAUUGUAUGAGGCCAUUGCCAUUUCAAAUAAAAAUUUGGUAUGAAACAAGGACACCAGAAUUGAAAAUUAAAAAGAAAGGAAUGAAAAGAGUGAAUGAAAAACAGCACAAUGACAUGAAACCUUUACUUUUCCUGUGUUAUGACCAUAAAUCUGAUUACCUGUUUUGUAAUUUUGAGGAUUUCAAGAGAAAGGGAGAAUAGAUGUUGAAAACUACCUGGUUUGACCGUUUGAAGUAUAUCUGAUACUGUAAUACUGUAAAUGUGAAGUAGGUGGUUAAGGAGUAAGCAGUGUGCUGGUAAAACAUUACUGACUUUAUGAAAUCCUCUUGCUGCUUGUUGAAACAAAAGGAAAUAUGUUCAGUCAACAUGACAAUUUGAUCACUUGUGUUAGAAGAUCAUUACAGUUCCUGGUCUCUUAGUUCACAAUUUGUCAUAC